CUCUUUGGAACGGAAUCCGAUACGUUUUGCGAUUGUUUCCAUUUUGUUCUGGUCUGGGAGGCGAGUUGGUUCCUGCUUGAGGCGCUGGGAGCGAGGUGGGCAGGUUAGGGGACCCUGUGCAGAGGGACCCGGAGGAGGCAAAACCAAAAGUUUAUGUGGUGCUUGGGGUGGACCGGUCGGCGGAUGUCGUAAGUAAGGAGGUCUCUGUACCAUGGCUCGUACAAAGCAGACUGCCCGCAAAUCGACCUGUGGUAAAGCACCCAGGAAGCAAUUGGCUACAAAAGCCGCUCGCAAGAGUGCGCCCUCUACUGGAGGGGUGAAGAAACCUCAUCGUUACAGGCCUGGUACUGUGGCACUCCGUGAAAUUAGAUGUUAUCAGAAGUCCACUGAACUUCUGAUUCGCAAACUUCCCUUCCAGCGUCUGGUGCGAGAAAUUGCUCAGGACUUUAAAACAGAUCUGCGCUUCCAGAGCGCAGCUAUUGGUGCUUUGCAGGAGGCAAGUGAGGCCUAUCUGGUUGGCCUUUUUGAAGACACCAACCUGUGUGCUAUCCAUGCCAAACGUGUAACAAUUAUGCCAAAAGACAUCCAGCUAGCACGCCGCAUACGUGGAGAACGUGCUUAAGAAUCCACUAUGAUGGGAAACAUUUCAUUCUCA